CGGACGGGCCGGCGCCGAUCGCCCGCGAGCCCCAGGUCCCGAGCCAGAUCUCAAAAGGGCCAGCCCUGAAAAACGCUGGCGCCUCCACCAUCCGACUCCAACAUGUUCCCCAGCCCGGCUCAGCUCCUUUUCCCUCCCUACCUCCUUGCCCCCUUCUAUCCUCCUCCUCUCCCUCCCUCUGUCACUUUUGCCUCCUCGCAUGUAGUUUGGCCAAAUGGGUAACGCACAUUCGUCUGCCAUCAAGCGGGCCGCCAUCACUGGGGAGCUUGAUCUCAGCUACAGCGAUCUGAAGACGCUCCCGACAGCCAUCUACCGUCUGGAUCAGCUGGAGAAGCUGGUCCUUGCGGGGAAUCAGAUCACCACGAUUGACAAUGACAUCGGAAAAAUGCUGCGCUUGCGCGUACUGCACCUGGACGGCAACGCCCUCAAGGACCUGCCGCGGAAUCUGUCCAGCUUGGCUGUCUGUCUGAUGGAUCUGAAAGUGUCCUUCAACCAGCUGACGCGCAUUCCCUCGUGCAUCUUUUCCCUGAACAACAUCGUUGAGCUGGAUCUCUCUUCAAACCAAAUCCAGGAGAUCCCCGAGGCCAUUGGGGCACUAUCCUCACUGAAGGUCCUCCGUGUGCAUGGUAACCUGCUGACCGACCUGCCGUCGACGCUCUCAGACCUGCCGAUCCGCGUCCUCGAGCUGAACAAGAACAAAUUCGUCACCCUGCCGCCGGUCAUCGGGCAGAUGCGUUAUGUGGAGACCCUGGACCUGAGCGAGGGCAUCCUCGAGUCGUUAGACGAGGUGGUCCUGGAGAACCUGUCGCGUUUGGUCAAUCUCCGGGAGCUGAACGUCAGCUCCAACAAGAUUUGCAUUGUCCCGGACAUGCUGGCCGACCUAUUCCGCCUGCGACUGGUGGACCUGUCAGACAACCCGGUCAAGCGGUUCGACGAGCGGGCGCGUCUCCUGCCCAACUUGCGUUUCAACUGGAACGACUGGCGUGGCGAGUGAGGCCCUGGCCUCCUGCCUCCCAACGGCGGCCAUUGCGUUUGAUCGGAGCCCCGGGCAGUCUCCCUCGUUUCUCUGCCUCUUUUUCUCUCUCUCUCUCUCU